CAAACGUCUGCGCCGAUUUUGACCACGUGGGGACGUUUUUGCAGAGGAAGCAAAACAUCCGCAGUGACGCUUGCCUGUGUGCCAGCGAGCAUGAAAACAACUUUCAGUGUUUCUUCGUGACAUUAAAAAGAAUCUGAACAGAGGGAGAGAGAGAGGGCCUCGGAGGUUUCCCCCAUCAGCGUCACUUUUUCUAGACCAUGCCCCACGACCCCGACCCUCCUCCGGCUAAAAGGUUCAAGCCGGGGUCUGUUUUCUUCCGUCUCGACAGGAAUAAGCCUGGUAUGCUGCUGCCUAGAAAGGGGAAUGCAACCACUCCACUAGAAGUCCAGAGGAAACAGCUUCCUAUCUACCAGGCCAAACCUCAGCUCCUGAACCAGCUGAGGCAGCUGAGCAGUGCUGUUCUGAUAGGGGAGACUGGCUCUGGGAAGACCACUCAGAUCCCUCAGUAUCUGUAUGAGGCCGGCAUCGGACGUCAGGGCAUCGUUGCCAUCACUCAGCCCCGAAGAGUUGCUGCGAUCUCUCUGGCAGGACGGGUGGCAGAGGAGAAGAGGACUCAGCUGGGCAAACUGGUCGGCUACACCGUACGCUUUGAAGAUGUCACCUCCUCUGAGACGAAGCUGAAGUUCAUGACAGAUGGGAUGCUCCUACGUGAGGCCAUUGGAGACCCCUUACUGCUGCGCUACACCGUGGUGGUCCUGGACGAGGCUCAUGAGCGCACUGUGCACACUGAUGUGCUGUUUGGUGUGGUGAAGACGGCUCAGCGCCGACGCAGAGAGCUCAAUAAGAUCCCUCUGAAGGUGAUCGUGAUGUCAGCUACCAUGGAUGUGGAUUUGUUCUCCGAGUACUUCAACAAGUCGCCCGUCCUCUACCUGGAGGGCAGACAGCAUCCCAUUCAGAUCUACUACACCAAGCAGCCGCAGUCAGACUACCUGCAGGCCGCGCUCGUCUCCGUCUUCCAGAUCCAUCAGGAGGCACCGCCGUCCCAUGAUAUCUUAGUGUUCAUGACGGGUCAGGAGGAGAUCGAGGCUCUUGCCAGGACGUGUCGAGACAUCUCCAAGCAUCUCCCUGACGGCUGCAGUCCCAUGGUGGUUAUCCCUUUGUACGCGUCGCUUCCUCCCGCACAGCAGCUCAGGGUCUUCCAGGCCGCUCCGAAGGGAUGUAGGAAGGUCAUCCUCUCAACCAACAUCGCCGAGACGUCGGUCACCAUCUCUGGGAUCAAAUACGUCAUCGACACGGGGAUGGUGAAGGCAAAACGCUUCAAUCCUGACAGUGGGCUGGAGGUUCUGGCAGUGCAGCGGGUCUCUAAAGCUCAGGCGUGGCAGCGGGCCGGCCGGGCCGGCAGGGAGGACUCGGGCUCCUGCUAUCGUCUGUACACGGAGCAGGAGUUUGACAACUUCAUCCCCAUGACUGUGCCUGAGAUCCAGAGGUGUAACUUGGCUGGUGUGAUGCUGCAGCUCAUGGCUCUGGGGAUUCCAGAUGUCAUGAAUUUUGAUUUCAUGUCAAAGCCUUCUCCAGAGGCCGUCCGCUCUGCCGUGGAGCACUUAGAGCUGCUGGGAGCUUUGGAGAGGAAGGAGGGCCAGGUCCUCCUCACUGCUCUGGGGAAGAAGAUGGCCAGCUUCCCUCUGGAGCCCAGAUACGCCAAGACCAUCCUGCUGUCCCCCGACUACUCGUGCUCCGAGGAGAUUCUCACCAUCGUGUCUCUGCUCUCGGUGGACACCGUGCUGUAUAACCCUCCUGCCCGGCGGGAUGAGGUGCUCGCCGCACGCAAGAAGUUCAGCUCCAGUGAAGGAGACCACAUGACCCUGCUCAACAUUUACAGGGCGUUCAAGAAAGUCAGCGGUAACAAGGAGUGGUGUCGGGAGAACUUUGUCAACAGCAGGAACAUGGGUCUGGUGAAAGAGGUCCAGGCUCAACUCAAAGACAUCUGCCUUAAGCUUAAUUUGAAGAUGGAGUCUUGCGGUGCCGAAACAGGGAACGUCCGCCGCUGCCUUGCCCACGGGAUGUUCGUCAACGCCGCCGAGCUCCAACCUGACGGGAGCUACUUAGCCCUCGACACCCACCAGCCCGUGGCCAUCCACCCCUCCUCCGUCCUUUUCCAGGCCAAGCCAGCGUACGUGGUGUUCAACGAGCUUCUGCACACGUCCCGCUGCUACAUGAGAGACCUGUGUUUGGUCGAUGCCGACUGGCUGCUGGACGCGGCGCCAGAAUACUUUGGACGCAAACUCCGCCCAACCAAGAGCUAACGGAGAGAGAAAGAGGACGGAGGAAGGACCAAUCAGCAGGUGACAAACAACAAUUGAUGCAUCCUGAAUUUGGAGAAAAGACACUUGGUAAUUUCCUACAGAAACAAAUCGGACCAGAACACUUUUUGUGCAGAACACGUCUCUGGAUUUCACUACCUCUCAGUUGACGAGCGUUUGGCUCGUGUCAACGAAGCAGAACUCUGCAUAUCAAGGCCUCACAACGUUGACUUCCUUCAGAUUUUAUAAACGGUGUUUCCUCUGCCUGAUAACAUCUAAUCUGCACUUUUUGCAAAAUGUAUUUUUUGAGAUGUCAUGCAUACUCAGAUUCAACCUUUGCAUGCAUCUAGUCAGUUUUUCAAAGAAGCUGUUGUUUAUCAAACCACACAUUAUAUAAUACCAUUCUCCAUAGGUCAAUUUAAUAACAACACGCCAGCUGCUCUACAAAGUGGAGCUGAUGGUUGUUCUCUUCUUCGUCACUCCUCCUCAGAAAGUUAGCUUGAACUGGAAACGCCGUGUUGAUCAUUUUUGAUAAGUAAGUUAUUGGUUUAUACGAAGUGGUCUUUUAUUAAAGGGUCACUAAACCCCAGAGUUUCAGCUAAAGUGCAUCAGGUUAGCAAGUUUAGCGCGGUUAUUUAGGCCUGAGCGGCGACUCGAGUAGCAGCAAGUAAACGGCCGAUGACGAGGACAGGGAAGGGCAGGAGAGGAGAACUUAUCUGAGUGGUUUACGAUGCCCCCUUGAGGAUUUGGAUGGUAUGGCCUUAACAAUUUUAAAUAAAAAGCCCCGUUUUUAUAUCUUACAAUCGGCAUAUUUCACGUCAAGCCAAUUAGAUUUCAGAUAUAAUCAAUCCGUUCAUCCCACUUGACGAGUCUGCUGACUCAAGUUUCUAUAGAGAUGGGUGACUAAAGCUGGCAGUACUAUCGUCACCUGCCUCCAGACAGUCGAUCCAUUAUCGAUGACAUCUAGAGACAGACAACCAGCCACACUCACAUUCACACCUACGGGUAAUUUAGAGUCUCCAGUUAACCUAACGAGCAUGUCUUUGGACUGUGGGAGGAGAACAUGCAAACUCCACACAGAGAGGCUCCUGUCAGAAGGGGAUUCAAACCAGGAACCUCCUCGCUGUGAGGCAACAGUGCUAACUACUGCAGCACUGUGCAGUCUGCCUCUACAUCAGCCAAUAGAAAUAUAUAUUUGCAGUUCCAACCUGUAGAGGGCAGUCUCUGCACAUUUCUAACCAAAUGUGAAAAAUUGCAAUGCGUAGUCAAAUGAGGAGAUCUUGACCUGAAUAAAUCAACACCGGUACUUAAUACCCGUAUACAGCGGUGAUCCUGGGGUUCAGUUACUCUUUAAUGCAAAGACGGUAGAUUUGUCUUAAUACAUGAACCAGCUUUUGAAAAGUAAAAUCACUAAAGGGGGUGUUUUUUACUUGCUCACAGGGACAUGAUUCACUCAUCUCUUGAGCCUCUGCAUGCCUUUUGUUCACAUCCAUGAUUGUAACACCAGGUCGCUGUUCAUGCACAUCAGGAGAAGUAGCAUGCCUUACUCUCCAGGUUCCACUCUUUGACAUCACAUGUAACUCAGCCCCCCCCCCCCUACACAGACAAACCAUCGAUGUAUGCCGACAGAAAAUGUAUGCAAUGCAUGGAGAUUAGAGUUAGCCACGUGACCUCUCAGGUCUCUCAUAGAAUCACCACCAUGUGGAGGAAUACCAUGGAUGCUCCUCUCGUCUUUUUUGCACUGGACUCAGGAUUGUACAAUAUUCACUGUAACCUGAAUAAAUGACAUAAACAGUUUAUAACUUUUAA